AUGUUAAAGAAAAACUACACGGAGGUGACAGAAUUUAUUCUCCUGGGCCUCACUGACCGAGCUGACUUGCAGCCUGUCCUGUUUGGAGUAUUCUUACUGAUCUAUGUUAUAACAAUAAUGGGCAAUAUGAGCAUGAUUUUUGUGAUUAGAAGCGACUCAAAACUGCACACUCCGAUGUACUUUUUCCUCAGUCAUCUCUCCUUUCUAGAUCUCUGUUAUGCCACCAACGUCACGCCACAGAUGCUUGUUAAUUUCUUAUCUAAGAGAAAAACAAUUUCUUUCAUUGGCUGCAUGAUACAAUUUCAUGUUUUCAUUGACCUGGUGAUCACAGAAUAUUACAUGCUUACAACGAUGGCUUAUGACCGCUACACGGCCAUCUGCAAACCCUUGUUAUAUAGUAGCAAAAUGUCCAGUAGUAUCUGCCUGUCUCUGGUCAUUGCAACGUACGUUUAUGGUUUUGCAAAUGGUCUGGUACAGACCAUACUGAUGCUACGCCUGACCUUCUGUGGACCCAAUGAGAUCAACCACUUCUACUGUUCCGACCCGCCUCUCAUGGUCCUGGCCUGCUCAGAUACCUACAUCAAAGAAACUGCCAUGUUUGUGGUGGCUGGAUUCAACCUCACCUGCUCUCUCACCAUCAUCCUCAUCUCCUACAUUUUCAUCUUCGCCGCCAUCCUACGCAUACGCUCUGCCGAGGGGAGGAGCAAAGCCUUCUCCACCUGCGGGUCCCAUCUCACGGCUGUGACUAUAUUUUAUGUGACUCUUUUUUGCAUGCAUCUGAGACCACCUUCUGAAUCAUCUGUAGAGCAGGGGAAGAUUGUAGCUGUUUUUUAUAUCUUCUUGAGUCCUAUGUUAAACCCUUUGAUUUAUAGCCUCAGGAACAAAGAUGUUAAAGCAGCUUUAAAGAAAGUGGUGCAACAGAAAUUGUUUCUUAAAUAA